AUGUCUUCUUGGUCUACUCUGAUUUUCCCUCUUCUUCUUCUCCUUUUCUUCAUUUUAUUUUGCCAACUGCCAGGUCGGUGUCUAGCCGCGCUGAGCCAGUGUGCUGUGGGGAACAACUUGAGAGCCGAAAUAUCUGUGGUUGAAGAACAGAAUGAAAACAGUGUGGUGGAGAACCUGAACGAGGUUACGCGUCAAGCGCUGGAGCGCUCCGGCCUCCCUUGGCGUAGUCUUUUGCCCCUGAGAUUCACCCUCCUCGAAUCUAACAUCUUUCGAGUUAGUUUCAAUGAAGCCACCAAUGAAUCCCUACUUCUCAUCAAGAACCGUCUCGACAGAGAGAGCCUCUGUUACACCGAGGGCACCUGCUGUUCCAAUAUGGACAACCAAAUCAGCGCCAAACGUUCUGAGAUCCUGACACCGAGCUCCAAAUCGGAUUGCUCUCUCUCCCUCAUUCUCAUGGUUGACCUUCAAAAUAACCUUGACUUUAGUGUAGAAGAGUGUCUUCUCUCCCUGACACUCCGUGUUCUCGACAUUAAUGAUAACGCACCCAGCUGGCCUCUUCAGGGCAGGCGCGAAAAACCAGAGAUUCCGCUGCGCUAUGGAGGCAGCAGUUCCAGGGAAAGUGGUCAGUUGGGAAAUCAGGUGAUGUCCGUCUUGGAUCUACCAAUCAAGGAGCACACAAAGAUUGGCGCCAAAUUUGAACUUCCGCUGGCCGUGGAUCCUGACGCCUAUCCAGAAAACACGACAGCCCACUACGAAAUCGAUCACAACAGCCCAAACAGUGACCUAUUUACCCUCGAGUGGACGGGAAAAUCCCAACACUUGGACUUUUCAGCUGAAUCUCAGAGCUCCGAAGGCGAUCCACGUAAUGGCCCCAGCCCCAUGAAACUCUGGCUUGUUCUCAACAAGGAGAUCGAUCGCGAUGUACAGAGUUCAUAUCAGAUUAAAAUUGCCGCAGUUGACGGAGCAGUAAGCAAGCCGCAGACUGGAUACCUCCUUCUAAACAUCACUGUUGAGGACAUAAACGAUCAUCCGCCGGAGUUUGAGAAGCGAGCAGACUUCGUGUGGGUAGUAGAGCACAGCCCCAUCGGCAGUAUUGUCUACAAGGUGAAGGCCACCGAUAGGGACGAGUCAGACCUAGACAAACUGACCUACAGUUUGGCAGCCACAGCCACGCCCGCCGUCUGCGAUCUCUUCGCAGUGGAUCAGCGGACAGGAGACGUACGUGUGCAGGGCGACCUGGACUACGAACAACAGACUUCCUUCCAAGUACCCAUCACUGUCACCGAUGGACUCUGGUCCGACGAGGCCAAGAUCACAAUAGGUUUGAUCAAUAUAAACGAUCAUCCUCCCAGCGUCAGCUUGCAUUCCCACCUGUCGACGACGAAAUUCCAGUCCUACGAUAUGCUUCAGCGUGUCCCCAAUUCCCAGCUUACUAUUGAGGUGCGGGAAAACGGUCCGCCCGACCAGCUGAUUGCCACCUUCUCAGUGACAGAUCUAGAUGAUGCCGCAGAGGAGCGUUUCCUGCAGACCGACUCCACCGUGCGGGAGGCUUUUCUGCGAACUAACGGAAUCACCCUUCAGCAGGUGAUGGAACGAAUCGGCCAGCCGCCCACCUGUAAGAUUAAUAGCGACCUGCUGACGAUCCAGCAGCUGGCAGUUACUGCCAACAGUCGUUCCUUCAAGUCGCGUUUUCAAAUCCGCCUGGCAAACAAGGCUCUGGAUCGUGAGGUCUCCGCAAAAUACCUCAUCCGCCUCGAGUGUUGGGAUCAAACAAACCGAUUUGGUAACACUAUUCUAGCCCAAUCACAGUCUCGCAUGGGUGGACUGCACCAUCCCUUUGCCAGAUCCACCAGCGUCCUUUUCAGUCUUAUCGUUCUGGAUGAGAACGACUCAGUUCCACAGUUUGUUGGACCGACAACUGGAACCAUCGCUGAGGGCCUUCCGGCGGGCACCCUGAUUAUGCAGCUCAGCGCCAAGGACGCUGAUGAUCCCUACACCCUAGGUGGUCAGGCUGGACUACGGUUCCAUCUGAGCAGGGAUCCGAUUGUGAGAUACGCCCAGUCAUAUGGGCAGAAUCACAGUAGCGUCAACAAGGAAACUCGCGCCAUGCUGCAUCCACCGUCAACUUGGUUCAGCCUGGACCCCCGGACCGGCGACCUCCGGUCCUCUGUUGUCUUUGACCGUGAGACGGUUCAGAGCAUAAAUCUCACAAUCACCGUCAAUGAUGGUGGCGACGAGGACGGAAGUAAUGCCUCCAGGGCUCUCCACCACAACACUGCAACGACGACUGUUCAGAUAAACAUUCAGGACGUAAACGACUGUGCUCCCGUCUUUGACAGUCCCAUCUACGAGCUGAAUGUCAGCGAGGGAGCCGCUCCGCCUCUGCUGAUCGGCCGAGUGCACGUCAGUGACUGUGACAGUGAUGAGAGCAAUCGUCUGCUUCAUUACUGGCUCCAACAGCCUAGAACUAUCCCGCCGGAGUUCAUGAGGUCAGAGGGGGCUGCAAGCGGGAUCGGCAAGAGGCAGCUUCCCACGGUUCCUCUCCUAGCCCCAACUAUAACCUCCCCCUCCUCUUCAGCCCGGUGGUUCACCAUUUCCCGUUCUGGCGAACUGUAUCUGGGAUCUGUGACUCAGCGACGCCUUGGUGGUAGCAGUCAGGCCUCGCAGGCAACCAGCAACCACCACCUGCAGGAUUGGCGUCCGCUAGACAGGGAGCGGGAGGAGGUAAUCGUACUGGAUGUCUGUGCGCGCGAUCAUGGCCAACCGGCGUUGACGGGUUCCGCUCAGAUUAUCAUACGGCUACUUGACAUUAAUGACAACUCACCGGUGUGGCAGUUUCCGCGAUCCAAUGAGCGUAUUCUAAACGUCUCUCUGGAGGCUUCAGUGGGGCAGAAAGUUGCCCAGGUAAGCACUUUUGGAAAAUAUUGCCUGCCUUUGCUGCCCAAAGUAGCAAAUAAUGAUGUCUAA